GGUGACGAGUCAAUAAACAAGAUGGCGGUCUCAAUGGUUGUGUUCGUGCUCGCGUAUGUAUUUGUUAUGAGAAUUCUUUACAAAUCGUCCGGAUUUCUGGCUGACUGGUUACCAAGACUCUUGAUGAGUAAAGAACAGAAUGGGAGUCACCUAAAAGACACAAUCAUUCAACUGAAGAAUGAACAAAUGAAGAUAAGUGCUCAGGAUGAGUUUGCUCGAUACAUGCGCCUUGAAAGAAAAAUUAAGAAAUUGAAUGAGGAGCUGUCACAAAUAGUGAAACAGAGAAGUGAGAAGAUUACAGUUAGGAGUAAAAUAUUAACAGCAAUAUUUAUGGGACUACUGGGAGUCUGUCAUAUGGCAUUUGUGUUUGUGUACAGAAAGGAGCCAGUGGUGUUGUUACCUGUGCAAUGGUUCUAUCCACUCAACAGAAUUUUAGCCUUCCCUACUGGAAUACCUGGGGCUGUUGGACUUCCAUGCUGGAUUGUUACAUCAAAUAAAAUCAUCUCAACGGUGCUGUUUUGAGAUGAGCAAGGACAUACCUGCACUGACAGUGGCAAGAGGCAUUAAAAACUGAGACCACAAAGAUGUCAGUUCUACUUGCUGGCCUAGUCAUGGCUGUCAUUAGAUUGGAAGAAAACAUAACCUGUCUUCUUGGAGCUUAACAAUGGAGAAAAUGCACUGCAGCCAGAGCCAGAACAACAGAGUCUGACUAAUUUCAGUUAAUAGUGAAAGUACAAAGAGGUGAACCCAGAUUCAGGGGGGUAGGGGAACUUCAUAUACUAUCUUGAUGUAACAGUGCCCUUAUAAGAAAACUAAAACCAUCAUUUGUGAUGUGUUCAUCGCCAAGUAAAGAUGAUAAUUCACUCUUGGCUGUAGGUGUUGCUAGGAGUGAGAAAAUCAUUGAAGAAGUUCAUGAAGAGGAAUGGCUCACAGCCACUAAAUUUAAUAAGAAAGAGUAAUAAUAUUGCUGAAAUGUUGAGAAAGGACUGCUCUUUUUCAUGGACAAUUAA